UUGAGAGCGAACCGAGGAGUUUUAGCGACCUCCAUAACAACUUAUCCGAGUUGCUUAGGCUAAAAACCGGGAAAAUGAGGGAAACUACUCGAGUCAAGCCCGACUUACGUUCUAGCCGGAUAUACAUACUAUGAAACUCGAGCCAAUCAUAGUGUUAAUGGAUCCACCGGGCGAUGUAGGCGUCAACUCGAUCUGUAACAACUAACGACUACCUGCUGUGAUACGUCGAAAAAUACGAGGAUCUCGCUCCGGGAUACGAAUCCGAUCGAGCGGUCUCCAUCGGGCUGACCGCGCUUACUACCAUACGCUCUACCUCAUGGAAUCAUUUUGAACUGCCCCUUGGCCUGCAAGGGCGCAACUAAUCCAUCGCCACCCCUUCCUUCCGUUCUGUUCCCCGAGGUCUCAGCCCACGAAGGAAGGAGGACUGCUGCAAUGGCGCCGCCUCCUGGACCGUACUCCGGCAAGAGCACUCUCGCUCUGGUUGCCCGUGCUUCCGCUUUCUCGGUCGGACUCGUUUACGGGAGCAUCAAGCUCAAGUAUCUCAAGGUGAAAGAUUUGCUCCUUGAUGGGCCCAGGCGAAGUCGCAAAGGAAAGCAGAAGCAAAGGCACACCACUGAACCCGGGAACUGCUGAUAAUUGUCGAUCGGUUAGUUUGAGUUAGGCUUCCAAUAAUGCACCGCUGGAGAGGACAUCAAGAGGAUAUAGAGGCUCUCACUUGCUCCUUUUGCUCGGCAUAGUUACUGGCCUUACAGUUAUCGUCUUUCACCGGCGAUCCUGUCGGGGAUUCUGCUUUUGUUGCUGAACAAAAUUGUUGGCAAAUUUUGGUAGGCUUUACCAUCGGUUCUUAAAUCAUUCCAUCAAUCGUAAAAUACAAGUUGAAGUUUCCCUGAA